UUGUUUUCAUUCGUGGUCCAUGUGAUUUGAUGCAGAUUUAUGGAAAAUUGAUCGAAAAACUUGUAAUUUAUUAGUAAAACUUUUAUUCCCAGCACUAUGUCUGGGAAAAAAUGCAAGCAUUGUGGAUCUUCCGAGAUAGAAGUAGAUCCGGCCCGAGGAGAUGCAGUGUGUACAAGCUGCGGCACGGUGCUGGAAGACAACAUUAUUGUCGCCGAAGUUGAGUUCCAAGAAUCUGCUCAUGGUGGUGCAUCUGCGAUAGGGCAGUUCGUGUCUGCGGAGACAAAAGGAGGAGCCACUGGAUUUGGUCGAGCCUUUCAUGCUGGAAUUGGUCAAGAAUCACGGGAGAUCACGCUAAGAAAAGCAAGAGAUGGCAUCACGACGCUCUGUCAGCAGCUCCGUUUAAACCAGCAGUGCAUAGACAUCGCCUGCAACUUCUUCAAAAUGGCGUUGUCGCGGCAUUUGACCAUCGGCCGGCCAGCCAGCCACACUCAAGCUGCCUGUGUGUACAUGACCUGCAGGACUGAAGGCACAGCCCAUCUCUUGAUUGACAUCAGUGACGCUCUACAAAUCUGCUGUUAUCAACUGGGCCGAGCAUAUUUCAGGCUGUCUAGAGCACUUUGCAUCAACAUUCCUCCUACAGAUCCAUGCCUGUACAUCCUCCGGUUCUCGUCGCAGCUCCAGCUAGAAGACAAGCAGCAUGAGGUCAGCAUGACAGCUCUUCGGCUGGUGCAGAGGAUGAAGCGGGACUCGAUACAUUCCGGGCGCAGACCUUCUGGAAUUUGUGGGGCUGCGUUACUAAUAGCAAGUCGUCUUCACAACUUCUCGCGGACACCCAGCGAUGUGGUUCGGAUCGUCAAAGUGCACGAGUCGACAAUUCGCAAGCGGCUGAUGGAGUUUGGAGAGACGCCUUCCAGCGCCCUCACGUUGGACGAGUUCAUGACCGUGGACCUAGAGGAGGAACAGGACCCUCCAGCUUUCAGAGCUGCUCGGAAGAGGGAUAAGGAGCGGUUGCAGAAGCUGAUGGAAGAAGAGGACGGAGAAAAAGAGCUGACAGAGCUACAGAAAGAGAUAGACGCACAGUUAGAAAAGGACAACUCUAGGAGACGAAAAUUGGCGCCUGGAGCGGGUGCCACUCUCACACCUAUAAGCUCUAUAGUACAACCUGAAGCUGCGGAAGAUUCAGAAGACGCAGAAGCGUCUCGGUUCGCCGCGGAAGACACGUUAACCCUCAUCGGGGACAUCGCCAAAGACGCAAGACCAGAAGGGGAGAAAGCGCCUUCCAAGAUUGACCAAUUGAAAUUCGAGAAAGGACUCGGUCCUGAACUAGCAGUAAUAGGUCUCGGGCAGCCAGAAGAGAAGCAAGCAGAUCCGUUCCUAAAACCAGAACCUAAGCAGCCGUUCAGCAAGGAUCUGCAGUAUGAUGAGCUGGUGUUGAGCGCUGAUGACGAGGAGUACGUGAGCUCGCUCAUCAUGACAGACGCUGAGGCAAGGCAUAAGACCAUGCUGUGGCAUAAAGUCAAUGCUGGGUACCUGAGGGAUCAGAAAAUAAAAGAAGAAAUGCGCGCCAAAGAGCGGGAAGAAGGCAAGAAGAAGAAAGUCCGCGGCUGCUACAAGAAGAAAUUAGCGUGUAACGCGGCCACCGCCGGCGAAGCCAUCGAGAAGAUGCUGGCUGAAAAGAAGAUUAGCUCCAAGAUCAACUAUGAUAUACUGAAGAGCUUAGACCAGCCUGGAACGCCUGCGCCUGCUUCUAAGCCUGAAGAAGCCAAGAAAGACGUCAUAGCCCCGUCACCGGCCGCGCCGGUGGAGGCGCCGGUGGAAGUCCCGGCGUCGCCCGUGCCCCGCAAGCGCCGCAAGAAGCCUCCCACCCCCGCCCCCGCCACCCCCGCCGUCAACACAUCCGCCCCCGCCACACCCGCCCCCGCUACACCCGCUGCACAUGAUGCGAGCGAAGACUACGACGAUGACGCGGAGCUGGAUGCCACCGACGCUGGUGCCGAAUUAUCGCUAGCUGCUAUGCUGCGCAACGGGCAGGAUGAUGACUACUAUGACUACGAGGAGUAUUAGCGCUGGCCACUCUGCGCUAGGAUAUUGGCAGUUAGUCUUUGACCACUAUACACAGUAAGCUGACAUUGACAACUGCUACAAGCAUAUUUAGCUUAGUAAAAGGGGCUAACGGGACUAUUAGUAAUUUGUGCAAUAAUAAAUUACUAAUAAUUUUCUUUAAAAAAUAUAAAUCAUCUAAAGCCUGGUCCGUGAGCACGUAGAAUCCCGUCCAAUGACCCCAAGCUGCCCAUCCUUGUCGCUCGCACGUAAUUAUGUUGCUGUCGCGCUCGCACACUCACUGCGGGCGCGCGUCGCACAGUCGCGACAGCAAUAUAAUUACGCGCGAGCGAUAAGGAUGGGUAGCCUGGGGUCAUUGGACGGGAUUCUACGUGCUCACGGACCAGGCUUUAAUUUACUGAUCUCAGUAACAAGGAUUUUGAAUUGCGAAUUUUAAGUAAUGAUUAUGGUCUAGAGCUAGACGACAACUAUUAUGACUAUGAGGAGUACUAGCGCCGGCCACUCUGCGCUAGGAUAUUGGCAGUUGGUCUUUGACCACUAUACACAGCUAGCUGGGAUUGACAAAGCUGCUAGUGCUAAACCAACUUAAAUUACGGUCUUGAUAAAAAUUCACGGACUGAACUUGAACCGGACUUGAAGAUACUCCUGACAACUGCUUCAUAAGUCUGUUUCAAUUGCUAGAUCAGAUCAAUCAUCAGGCAUCAUGAACGUUGAGACUACUGCCACUUUUGCUUUGGUGUCGCCUGAAAGGCUGCGCAGAAAUAGAAAACAAGUUUACCCAGAAUUACGUAAUAAUUAUGGGGAAAAGCACGCCCAAAGCAGCUUCUACUGCUAGCAGUUCCAAUGCACGUAAAUAGAUGACUACGAGUGUAGUCACUAUAGCUGCUGUAUGGCCAACCUUAGUCUAUGAAAUCGCUGCGCAAUGGACAGAACGACGAUUCUUUAUGACUACGAGAAGUAUUAGCUGGCCCUUCUACGCUUGUAGUCUAUGACCCGCUGGGAGGGUCAUCCGUCGUUUAUUAUAGUGCAAGCGCAGAACUUAGUGCGUGGAUAGGCUAAGGAGUUUGUAGCUUUUAGAUGUCAUAUUUUAGCAUUUCACUUUUAGUACAAAAUUAUGCCUUCUUUGUCUACAUUGUAUGUUGCAAUCCUAAUGUAAAACGUAAGCUGUUAUAUAGGCUUAUAUUUUUUCUACAUAUGACACAUUAACUUUUAACUUCCAUGUUACCUGCAAUACGUUACACAACAACGUAUUUACAUAAAGCAUUACCUAAUGUACUUAUGUCUAUUUUUAUAUUUAAUGUUACGUGUGCCUUCUACGAAGGUGUGUUGUUUUAUAAGUGUCGUCGUCAACGCAAAUUUCCUUUAUUUGAGGUGAAAAACUUGAGCGGGAGAUAUAUUCUUGAAAAUUGGAUAUUUGCACUAUACGGUUUACAAAACUAAAGAUUUCAUAAAGGUAGCCAAUGAAAACUUUUAUUCUUUUGCUGUUUCUAAAGGGGUUUCACUACAUGGCUUUAUAUUUUACGCACAUUCUAUACAAUCACAUCAAGAAUCAAAAAGUAAGACCAGCAAUCAUAUUGGCUUUUUAUAUUUUGCUGUUAAAAAAUAUGCCUGAUAGUGAAAAACCUGGUUUACAGUAAUAAAUUGUGAUCUCCACUGAAAAAUAAUGUUAAGUAUAUUUAUUUUUAGGCAUUUUACGUAUUUUUGUAUAUUUUGUAAAUUAUUUUAAGGGUUUUAUCUAAGUAUCUCUUAGUAGAAAUUGUCCACUGCUGUGAAUUUCAUUAUUUAUCUCAAAUCUAUUAUCAAAACUUAUGUACAUUUCAUUUUUCUACAUCUAGAAAAAAUCGAUUAGAUUAGACUUUUUAUCGAUUCGUCCAGAAUCUUCUGUAAUUUAGAAAAUGUAUUACUAGACUGAGACGAUUUUACAAAUAUUAUACUUACAUAAUAAUACUAUAAGAAUUUAAAAAGUACGAUGCUAGCUUAGAAUUACUGUAAAUUUAACUUUUAUCGAUAUCUUAAAUGUAACAUCUUUUUUGUAACCUGUAAGUAGGAUGCGCGCCGUUAUAAGCGUUUAUCACGCCAUUUUAUCGAUAUUACGCGAUAAGCUCAUACAUUUGUCAUCUAAAAUCAUCAUUAAGAUUUUAUCACGGCGCGUAUCCUAGCCCGGCUGGUAGCAUUGUUCUUAAAAUCUUUUAAAUUAAAAACUCGUGAUGUAUGUAUAUUACUUAAUUUAAUAAUGUACAUACAAUGAAAUAAGUACUUUCAUUAAAUCAGUUAUUUGUUGCAACUUUUUAAGUAGUUCAGUUCUUACAUUUCAGGGUGAGUAUAGACUGGUGCAUUUGCUUGUAACAGAACAACGAGUCGCUCUAUGAAAUCUUCGAGUGUCACACCCUGUCACGAACCAAAUAUUUUAUGUCACGUCAUUCAUUUUACCUGUAUUGUACCAUUCGAAAGAACGUUACAUUACAUAGAAAUGGUCUAGUCUAUACACACCUUUACAAAACUUCAACGAGUAAGAUAAUAUCGUGCCCUUUUGUAACACGGAAUUGUUAUUAUGUACUAUCUAUAAGAUUUUAAUAUUUACGGCAUUUUAACAUGUGAAUUUGCUUAUUUUGUGUUGAUUUUAAUGUAAUUAGUAUGUAUAGUGUUUAUCCAACAAUAUAUCUGAAUAAAUGUAUUCGUUUUAUUAA